UGUGGAUCAGAAAGAUUGGGGAAGACUCUGCACUUUAUUAGCACAAGCAGAUCACACUGCAUUAAUAGGCACUCAGGUUGAUGUUCGAGAUGCCUCAGGAAAUGGGUUUAAUAGCGAUCGCAGUCCGGCAAACCCAGGGCAAAGGGCGGGGCAGGAAUGCUUGGCUGAGCCCUGAAGGAUGUGCUCUUUCUACUCUGCUCGUCUCCAUCCCACUGAGGUCCCAGCUGGGACAGAGGAUUCCAUUUGUCCAGCAUCUGAUGUCCCUGGCUGUCGUGGAGGCAGUAAGGUCCAUUCCUGAGUAUCAGGAUAUCAACUUACGAGUGAAGUGGCCCAACGAUAUUUAUUACAGUGACCUCAUGAAGAUUGGUGGAGUUCUGGUUAACUCAACACUUAUGGGAGAAACGUUUUAUAUACUUAUUGGCUGUGGAUUCAAUGUGACCAACAGUAACCCUACCAUCUGCAUCAAUGACCUCAUCGCAGAAUACAACAAGCAGCACAAAGCAGAACUGAAGCCCUUGAGAGCGGAUUUUCUCAUUGCCAGAUCUGUGACUGUGCUAGAGAAACUGAUUGACACAUUUCAGGACCAAGGGCCCAAUGGUGUUCUUCCCCUUUAUUAUAAAUAUUGGGUACACAGUGGUCAGCAAGUCCGUCUGGGAAGCACCGAGGGGCCAGUGGUGUCCAUAGUGGGCCUGGACGAUUCUGGCUUCCUUCAGGUUCAUCAGGCGGGCAGCGAGGUUGAGACUGUGCAUCCGGAUGGCAACUCCUUUGACAUGCUGAGGAACCUCAUCCUCCCCAAGCAGCCGUAGUGCCAGGUGCCACUGCAGGCCUGACCUGGGGGCCUCACUCAUGGGGCAGGGUGCCUGGGCAGUGGCAGGACACAGCUGGGAUGUGGGGGCCCGAGGCCAGCGUCCCGCUCCCUGCCGCCGCCCUUCCUCGCCCACCCGUGGGUCUCCAAAACUAAUUUAGAGUUGUAAGUGAAUUUUUCCUUCGCCCAAUUCAUGUUAACUCCUUAAUUUUUUUUUUCAAUUUUUCUGUUUUUGUAGGUUUGUUUUGUUGUUGUCAUUUUAUUUGGUGUUUAAGAUGCUGUGGAAUGAAGGGUGUGAAAUUCCUUCGCCCCUCAGACUUACAUUUAUGUUUAUUGGGGAGGGGAAGUUUUACAUGGAAACAGCAAUGGGUUAUGUUUUUCCAAUGGUGGUGAUCUUUACCCCUAGACUAUUAAGAAACAAAUCAGAAAACGCUCUGCAGCCCAGUGGUGAGUUAGAGGUAUGGUAUCACUGUUUAUAAGCAUUCAGGGAGGGAUUCUUCUACGAG